AUGGGGGACUCAGGAUCUAGACGAUCGACUCUGGUAUCUCGGUUGCCAAUAUUCAGGAGAAGCAUUAGCCGGAGACAUGACUCCCUUCCUUCCUCACCUUCUUCUUCUAAUGCCACUGGUGCCCACACCUCCUCCCCAUCCAGCACUAACUCCAGCUCAGGGAGCACAGGCAAGCGCCGGAGUAUUUUCCGCACUCCUUCCAUUAGCUUCCAUAACAAGAAGGGAAGUGAGCAGAAGCAUGACUCAGCUAGUCAAAAUGUUAACGUCUCAAAUGGUGCCCAGUCCUCUCCAAGCACUUUUCCGAAACUGAACUUAGAGGAGCAUGUAAAAAGCAGAGGAAGGCACUCGGUUAGCUUCGGCAGCUCACGUAGCAAGAAGAUCACAAGGUCGUUGACAGAUGAUUUUGAAAGGGGAAAGGAGCCCUCAGCCAAUAAGAACGUCUUUAUAAACUGCAUAAGCUCUGGGAAGAAUGAGGGUGAUGAUUCAGGCUUUGCAGAGGAGCAGAGCCGGUGCUCUGUCAAACAAUCCACACGAAAACUUCUCACUAAAUCCUUUUCCUCACACUACAAAUUUUCCAAACCCGUGGCCGAGAGUCAGUCGGUUUCCUCUGUGCAGCCACCAAGGUGUUUGCUAGAGAUCAAAUCGCAUGUGGAAAGUGAACCUGUGAUUGCCAAGUCCUCUCUUCCAUGCUCAGCUGAGAUGACAGAGUGUGUGGGAAGCUCCUUGCAGUCCUCACUGCUCUCGGCUGACCUCACAGCUGCCCAGACUCCUUCUGACUUUGUUGCGCUGACGGAGGAUUCUGUUUCGGAGUUUGAUGUUCUGCCCAGCAAUGGGACUCAGGGUCUGCUCACAGAAGAUUUUGGCCAUGUUGACUCUACCUCUCAGGUAUCCCUUAAUCCUGCUGCUGCUCCUGUGAGGGAAAUAGGUACUAUGGAAAGCACUGACCAUUCUGUUGGCGUAUUUCAUGUGAGUCAAACAAGCUCAUGUAGCAUGGAAUCUAACACCUUAUUCAAAGCCUCAGCUGCUAAUCAAACAAAAGUAUUGUUGUCAGCCAGUGAACUACACAUGAACGGUGCCAGGCACACAAGAGAACUGAGCUCAACAAAUGCACUGUUAGAAACCUUUGCACUACAGCAUAGAGAAGAACCAGUGACACUCUCUCCAAAGGCACAGGGGUUGAGUGGGGACAGAGAGGAGUGCAUGCCAUCCAAGCACACGAGAGAGACAAUUCCAGCAGUGGAGUCUGAGAUUGUUCCAUGUUCUGAACCUCAGUUCUUUAAAAUGCAGCAAGGUUAUGAAACAAACCACUCUAAAGUUGAUCUUGCCAACAGCUUCAGUCCAUACCAGGAAGGCAGAUUUGUUGAGAAGCGGCUGAGGUCCUCAUCAGAAGGUACGGCGGGAGGCAGUCGGCUGAUCAUAAAACCGAAGGAUGCAAACACAGAAGACCUCAGCAACCUGCGGAAGCAGAGAGCAAGCUCAUCCUCUUCAAAAAUGAACAGCAUGGAUGUUCUGAAUAACUUGGGUUCCUGUGAGUUGGAUGAAGAUGAUCUAAUGCUUGACCUGGAGUUCCUAGAAGAACAACAUCACCAUCGUUCUGUUUGCCGGGAAGACUCCUACCAGUCCAUAGUCUCAUGUGCUGCUGUAGUGCUUACCCCUGUAGAGCCAGCAGUGGACACAAGGAGAAAAGAGCAGACAGUAUUGCCUGAUGUGUCCAAACAGAACCUAUCUCUGAAGCUGUCAAAGGAGAUAGACCAAGGAGAAGCCAGGCACCCUCGUGUUAGCCAGCUGGCUUGCAGCCCAUCUGUGGAGUGGCCUUUCACUGGUCUCGAAGAAGGUGGAGGCAUUGAAUCUUUGCCCUUCAGAUUGAUGCUACAAGAUUGCACAGCUGUGAAGACAUUGCUUCUGAAAAUGAAAAGGGUUCUUCAAGAGAGCACAGACAUGAGCCCAGCUAGUAGCAUCACCUCACUCCCUGUUAGCCCUCUUCCCGAGGAGCCGUUAUUUUUCAAGGACGGAAUGAAAGAUGAAUGCUCAGUGCUGAAGCUGCAGUUGAAGGAAAGAGAUGAACUCAUAACCCAACUUCGUGAGGAGCUGGAAAAGGCUCAGUGCUUUCAGAAGGCUCUGUCAUCCCAAGCAGAUAAAUCCACGCAGACAGAACUGUUGUGCUAUGAUGGCCUUUCCCUAGGAUCCCUUCAGGUAUUGGAAGGCAGCUCUGAGGCUACAUACCCAAACAAAACGGUGAGCCUAAACCCCAGCACAAGGGACAGAAAGCCAGCACAUACUCCCACCGAGGACCCUUUUAGAUACUCCUCAGGCAGCCAAGCAACAGCCUUCGAGAGCAAGAGCUGUCAGCUGCCCAAUUUGUGUCUGAGCAGCCUCCUGAAAGAGAAGGAGCUCAUGGAAGUCAUCAAGCACAGCAGAGGCACGUGUGAAACCCUCGCUUCAGAGGUGGCGCAGAAUGGUUUGGCCACCGCAGCACCAAGCACAGCAAAGGCAGCAUGCAAGGCAGACAGCUACCCACUCUUCUCAGGAGCCUCCAAAGACCAAGGUGCUGCACCUCAGCAGCACACUGCUUUCACAGGGAGGCUGGGACAGCCUCCCAGGGGACCCAUCUCUUUACACAUGUACAGCAGAAAAAAUGUUUUCCUCCACCACAAUUUACACACAGCAGAGCUACAGACUUUAGGCCAACAAGAUGGGUAA